GGGGAGUGGCUCUCGCCUCCUCCCCCCGGUGCUUAUAAACCUCAGCCCUGCGCUGUCGCUCGCCGCCGCGCCCAAUCUCUUGGUCCUGGUCAGCCCCUUGACAUCGUCAGCUGCAAACCCCCCUGGGCCUGAUGGCAGCCGAGCCACUGACGGAGCUGGAGGCGGCCAUCGAGACGGUGGUCACCACCUUCUUCACGUUUGCAGGGAAGGAGGGCCGGAAGGGCAGCCUCAGCGUCAAUGAGUUUAAGGAACUGGUCACCCAGCAGUUGCCUCACCUGCUCAAGGAUGUGGGCUCCCUGGAUGAGAAGAUGAAGAGCUUGGAUGUGAACCAGGACUCGGAGCUCAAGUUCAGCGAGUACUGGAGACUGAUUGGAGAGCUGGCGAAGGAAAUCAGGAAGGAGAAGGCUCUGGAGAUCCGGAAGAAGUAGAGCUGGCUGGCCGGCCGGGACGGGCGUGGGCAAGCAGGACCCGCUGCCCCCAAUAAAGUUUCUCCCUUGGAA